UCUUGACUGACCCAGCUCUUUCUCUAGAUAACUGAAUUCAGCCAACCAAACAGCAUCGACCUCUCUCUUUCUCUCUCAGCCCUCCAGCCGUAGACGCACAGCCGCAGGAGAGGGAUGUCACAGCUGAGAGAAAGCCUCUCCACCGCAGUCUGCAUGAAAGGCGAGCAGUGCGCGGCCAAUCUUCACGCUUACGCACGGGGUGUUUGCUUUCUUUACGCGCCGUCCGGAGACAUACUGGUCCAAUUUCGGGCCUGCUGACUGUUUGUUAUCUGUGAUCUCACUGUCGGUGGUAAUAAUGCUUCCCAGUCCGAUCAUAACGUCUUCCACCACGCCUUUUUCUGUGAAGGACAUUCUGAAGUUAGAGUUGCAGCAGCAGUCCCAACAGCACCAGCUCCAGUUCAUCUCCUGCUUCGGUCUCUCUGGCGCGCUGUCACAGCCGGGGACGCUCCCAAAUAAACCGUUUCGCUCGUACUCACCGCCCUCCUGCAUGCUGGCGGGUAGGGACAGCCCGAGUCCCGGCAGCUCCGGCGUCUCGGAGGGCGAGGAGAGGAUGUCGUACCUCAGCACGCUGACGGUGCAGGAGCGCCUGGCGGAGUCCGGUCUGACGGUGGAGAUGUUUGGGAACCCGGCGCAGAACCACACCGCAGACCUGCAACUGGAGACUGAGCAGGAGGACCAAGAUAGCACUUCGAUGUUCACCUCAACGUGUGUUCUCCGCGCAGAGAGCUGCGGAGCGUUGCGCGGUGACGGCGAGGAUCCAGACUCGGAGAAGCGCGCCACCAAGCAGCAGAGGACCAGGAGGAAACCCCGCGUCCUCUUCUCCCAGGCUCAGGUGUUCGAGCUGGAGCGGCGCUUCAAGCAGCAGCGCUACCUGUCCGCCCCGGAGAGGGAGCACCUGGCCAGCUCCCUGAAACUCACCUCCACUCAGGUCAAGAUCUGGUUCCAGAACAGGAGGUACAAAUGCAAGAGGCAGCGGCAGGACAAGACUCUGGAGAUGGCGGGCCAUCAUCACCACCACCAUCCGCCACCGCCGCCCAGGAGGGUUGCUGUGCCAGUGCUGGUCCGGGACGGGAGGCCUUGUCUGACUGGAUCCCAGAACUAUAACACGUCUUACACGGUCGGAGCUCCAAACCCGUACAGCUACAAUGGCUAUCCAGCCUACAGCUACAACAACUCGAUGUACACCAACACUUACUCCUGUACUUAUUCUAGUUUACCUCCUCUGCCGCCCAGUAACACCACCGCUAAUGCUUUUAUGAACAUGAAUUUGGGGAAUCUUGGCGCACAGACGCAAAGCCAGGCGCCCCAAGGACCAGUCGUCACACCCUGCCAAGGAACUCUGCAGGGCAUCCGGGCAUGGUAGCGCAGUCUUUACGCACAGCUUGGAGAGACUUCUGUGGGACGGCUGAAUGAACUGAAGCAUGUCAGCCUGAUCAGCUAAUGCAACGACAGCAGGGUUACACCUCGGUAACGUGAGACAGCGUGUAGGCCAGUUUGCUGUAACUCGAGGCCUGUGAGGAAACUCUGACCCGUUGCCUGAGAUAUAAGCCAUAUUCAGUAUGCGCAUUUUUCUCUGAGCCACAGUGUUUAGAAAACGUAUUAAACCUGCCGUUGGAUAUUUAAUUGUCGGAUUGAAUGUUGCCCAUCAAAGAUCUAUAGUGGUUCCAAAGUGGAUGUAAUGUGCGACAAAACAAAGGGACAUUUUCAUAUAUAAACUCACAUUUCUACGAAUAAGCUAUAAUAAAUGUAUUAAUGGCCUAACUAGGCCCAUUCGAUUACAUCCUAAAAUUCAACAAUUUUAGUAAACAAUAUUGACCACAACUGCCAGAUAAUUAAAUCGUAUAAAGUAUUAUACUUAUAUUUUCUUUUUUUUACAGUGUGACUUGUGUUUGGCCAGUAGUCUUUGUUUGUACUCUAAAAACUAAGUGAGAGAGACUGAACGGUGGCCUGUAUGACCUGAAUAAGUCGGCCGCUUCUGCGUAACAGGGCUGCUUUAACGCUGAAGCUAAUAUCGAUGAAAGUGAUUACUGAUGAUAAAAUUAAACGAUAUACCAAACAGAAUGACACAAAUGACUGCAUUGUACUGUGCUUUUGUGUGUGUGUGUGUGUGUGUGUGUGUGUGUGUGUGUGUGUGUGUGUGUG